GAGAGCGAAAUCGAACCGAAACGUUUCGAAAAUUUCUCUUGCAUAAUAAAAGGGAGAGAGAGAGAUAGAGAGAGAGGGAAAGCAGAUUGCAGAGAGCAGAAGAGGUGCCUCUUACUCGUUAUACACCGUUACGAGUUCGACCCUCUUCAUUCUCUUCGUUCUCUUCAUUCAUAUUCUCGUAGCCACAACACGUAAUAGCUGCGCCUCUGGAACCGUAGAUGGAAGAGAGUUUCGUUUGCCAGUGGAGCGAUAUCAGAUCUCUCUUGUCCAUCCUUCAGUGGUGGGCUUUCAAUGUCACCGUAAUCAUCGUCAACAAGUGGAUCUUCCAGAAAUUGGAUUUCAAGUUUCCCCUAUCAGUUUCAUGCGUCCACUUUAUCUGUUCAGCCAUUGGGGGAUAUGUGGUAAUAAAGGUGCUGAAACUUAAGCCACUGAUAACUGUUGACCCUGAAGAUCGCUGGCGAAGAAUCUUUCCAAUGUCAUUCGUGUUCUGUAUUAACAUCGUGUUAGGGAAUGUGAGCCUACGAUACAUUCCAGUUUCUUUUAUGCAGACAAUAAAGUCAUUCACACCUGCCACCACAGUUGUUUUGCAAUGGCUAGUGUGGAGGAAGUAUUUUGACUGGCGUAUUUGGGCUUCUCUUGUACCCAUUGUUGGAGGGAUUCUUCUGACAUCUGUAACAGAGCUUAGUUUUAACAUGUUUGGAUUUUGUGCUGCAUUAUUUGGCUGUCUGGCUACUUCUACAAAGACUAUUCUUGCAGAAUCUCUUCUGCAUGGAUACAAAUUUGACAGCAUAAACACAGUUUAUUACAUGGCACCUUUAGCAACCAUGAUCUUGGCGCUUCCUGCACUGUUACUUGAAGGCAAUGGAAUCCUUGAAUGGUUUGGUACCCAUCCAUAUCCUUGGUCGGCUCUCAUCAUUAUUUUUAGCUCCGGGGUGUUGGCUUUCUGUCUUAACUUCUCAAUUUUUUACGUGAUUCACUCCACCACUGCUGUAACAUUUAAUGUUGCCGGAAAUCUUAAGGUUGCAGUCGCUGUCCUUGUUUCUUGGCUGAUAUUUAGAAACCCAAUUUCAUAUUUAAAUUCUGUUGGAUGUGCCGUGACUCUUGUGGGCUGUACAUUCUAUGGUUAUGUGAGGCACAUGCUCUCCCAACAGCCAGCAGUCCCUGGAACUCCUCGGACCCCCAGGACUCCAAGGACCCCCCGGAGUAAGAUGGAGUUGCUUCCUCUUGUAAAUGAUAAAUUAGAAGAUAAGGUCUAGUAGUUUCUUUAGCUACGCAUGAAAGUUGUGUUUCAGCCUUUUUUUAAAGGCAGUAAUAGCAAUAGGUACGAAUACACUAAAAUGACUACCCGUUAUUUAUUGUUAGAUUACCCAAAAUUAUUAAUACAAGUUUCUUUCGUUUUUCUUCUA